GAUAAAUAUUUGGGGAGUCAAUAUCUGUAUCUUAUCUCGUUUCAAAAUAAUUUCCAAUAUGUCCGAAAAACAAGCACCACCAAGUUACGACGAUUCUACCAACAGCAACGGUGGAAAUGCUGGUGGGGGUUACACCAACUGGUCCGCAGAACAACAAGCCCAGCAGCAACAAUAUGCCGGACAACCCCAACAAUAUGCUGGCCAACAACCACAAUAUGGCGGCCAACAACAGCAAUAUGGCGGCCAACCACAGCAAUAUGGCGGCCAACCGCAAUACUAUCAACCAAACCAAGCUGGACAAUUCAACAAUGUAGUGGUGACACAGCCCCAGACAACUUCUGCGAUCCACACCACCCCACCGGACCACUUGGGACUAGCCGUUCUAGCAACUUUAUUAUGCUGCUGGCCAGUUGGAAUUAUGGCCAUUAUGAGAGCUUUAGAUGCUAGACGAGCUGUGGACAGAGGAGAUUUGAUAACAGCCAACAGCGAGGCGGCUCAAGCUAAAAAGCUAUCGUUGAUAGCUAUAGGUCUAGGUGCUGUUAUAUUAGUCGUGGUCAUUAUUGUAGUGGUCGUAGUCGUCACGAACAAUUCUUGUUAUUCUAAUUAUUAUUAUUGUUAAUCUACAGCUUCGGUCGCCCAGUUUUCUUCUUUCUAUGGACAGUAACCUUUCUAUCUUUCAUGCCUUAAAUAGAAUAGAAGAAAUCCCAACCUCCUAUAAUUGUAUUAAAAUCUUCGAUCCACAACACUUUUUAAGCCAGAGGUUUUCAACCUGGGGGAAAUAUUGAAAUUUGGGGGCAGUAAGGCAUCCUUUUGGACAAUUAUAAUUUAGGUCGUUCAAUACGGUCAGACUAUAUUCUCAGACAUGAAAAAUAGAGCAGAGAAAACUAAAAGAAAAUAGGUAAAUAGUAAGGAUUUAUUGGAGAAGGCGGUAAUGCAAUCGAUCAAAGGUCCUGAAAGGUGUAACAGAAAUAAAAAGGUUGAAAACCCCCGUUUUAAGCCAUACCAAAUCUACCAGAUUGAACAGUUGGGAUUUAAUUACAAUCAGUGCUAUUACCGAUAACAAUAGUUGACCACGUUCAUCUUUCCUGAGAGUGGAUUGAGUGUUGCCAACACACGAAAUAAUGAUAUAUUGUAUAACACUGUAAUUAAAAACAAAUGUAGAUUAUUUUUUUAAAUAUAUUUUCGCUUUUU